CUCCACCCAUUCUCUCUCAGCUGUCUAAACCAGAACAGGUUUAACUGCACUUGUCUUCACUUCCUUAUUUAUGCGCGAAUGUUUUUGUUUAUAAACCUUUAUCCGUGACAGAAACGAAUGUUAAAAAUCUGUAGAAGCCGGUGUGUAGAUAAGCACUCCACCUACAGUCCAAGAGAGAAGCAAGUGUCUGAGAUAAACAGCAACCAAUUUCUGUCAAUGAUCUGUGGACCUGUGAAUUCAUCACUUCUUUGACUGGAUCAUGGGGUCUUCACAGAGCAAAGAUAAGAUGCACUGCACCAGGUACCUGAAUGGCAAAGGCCCACCAGCGCUGACAGAGAUCCAAUCUAACGGAACAAACAAUAACAAAAAAGGCACUCUGAUAAUGCAAGGAAACCAGCCCGAAGGCCAGAUGACUUGGACCCUUGAAAGACGAAGCUUACCGGGACAUUCUGACUGUGACACCAUUCAAAUCGCCUUUCAUUUUGAAGCUGGCAUUCAGUCGGACAGACAUCCACAUCCUGGACACAGAUACAAGGGUCUGGACUCUGUGGCGUACCUGCCCAACAACAACACAGGGGUGAAGAUUCUGCGACUACUGGAGGUGGCUUUCCAACACAAGAUGAUGUUUGCUGUGGUGGCCGACGGCAGAGGUGAAUACUGUGUGACACCUGCAGAUAUACCCCUAAAACCCAUGGACCGUGGACCUGAGAGCUUGGGCUAUCCGGAUCCAAACUACCUUAAAACAGUGACGAAAGUUCUUAAGCAGAAGGGGAUCAAAUGAAACAAGAUGAGCUACUUUUACUGUGGAUUACUAACCUCACCAUGACCAGAAUAUGAAGGCGCAUUGUUUAAUACUUAUGAACAAGGUCACUGAGUUUGCCAGUUCAGAAGAGAUCUUUUCUGUGAGAAUCUGUUGCUGUCUGUUUGUUAGGUGAUAAUAUAUUCUAUUUAAAACACAAGCCUUCUUACAGGAAGUAGGAUGGUGUUCUGUAUAAUUCUAGCCACUGUUUGUUUACUCCUUGUGGUUGUAAAGUUUUACAAUUAUUUUAAAUUAAAUAAU